ACGUGAAUACAGAGAGCUCCACGGUCAGGUUGUAUCAGAACACAGGGACAUACAUUUGGCAAAGAUGACUUGACAGUUACAGAAAAUUUAACGUUUCGGGAGCUUUUAUUUUUCGUGAAGUAUUCAUGUGAUCAGACAUUUUAUUAACAACAACAAUGGGGAAAAUUCACGUUCUACCAAUCUUUAUUUCUGUUCUGUACGUUUGGAUUAUACUCACACCUUCGUUAUGCCAGGAAGAAGGUGCUGGACCAGCCGAUACUGGCAAUGCUACCACUGUCGACUCUGAAAGUAACACGACAGCCUCAAAUACUUCUGAAUCCUCUAGUAACAUGACAACAGGAGCAGAGAUCAGUGAUACUAAUACUACUAGUCCCAUGAACUUUACUGAUACAAACAACAGUACUUCUAACAACACUACGUCGGAUACCAGUAGUGCCAACUCUACUGCAGACAAUAUCACCACUAACUCUAGUCUUGUUAAUACAAGUUCAGAUGAUAUAUUAGACACAAAUACAACACUAUCCGAUAAUUCUACUACAAUAUCGUCGGAUAAUAACUCAACAUUUUCGGGAAAUGAGACAUUUGUGGAUAACAAUACGACACUUUCAGAUAGCAACACAACCGUUGACGAUAACAAUGCAACGGUAUCCGAGAGUAAUACAACUCAAAUGGAUGGCAACACGACUGUUACAGAUUUUAAUUCAACGGGUUCAAUAAAUACUACGACGUCAGAAAAUAUUACCAGAGCAACCAAUAUGAGUACAUCAGAUGAUAUGUUUUUAACAAGUAAUAUCUCAAAGUCAGAAAAUAUGACAAACGCUGCUGGCGAUGAUUCUUUCUCCAUGAACGUGACGACAAACAAUGAAACAGACAUCGUUAUCGGGGGUGUCUUCAAUUCUUCGGUUUCGGAUGAUACAACGAGUACUGUUACAGCUGCUCCUGAAUCCGACAUUAUAACUUCCACUAUUGCCACUAGUACAGAAAUUCCUAUCUCACCAAAUAUGGAGGAAAAUCUCGGAUUGGAGCAAUCUCCCUUUGAUACCGGUAUGGGCGGAGGUCUGGAUCCUUUUGAUGAUCCUUUUGGCAAUCCAUUUGGCGAUGGACCUGAAGGGGAUCCUUUCGGAGAGGACAUUUUUGGCCCAGAACCAGCCCAAUUUGACUUAUGCACUGAACCCCCAUGUGAGCCCCCUGCUGAAGUAGUGACUACCCCAAAGCCUGUCACUCCUCCGCCACCCCCUCCCCCACCUCCCCCACCAGCCGCGGCAUCACAAGGUUUCGAUAUGUUGUUUAAUGACCAAGAAAAAUUUGAAUUAAAAAGACUCCCACAGAUUUCUUUACCUGUACCAAAGUCAAACGUUCCCUCGAGAAACAGACAAGACGCUUUUGAAAGAGAAAGGAAAACAAAAAUUGCCAGAAUUGAAAGACUACGAAAUUUAUUUAAGUCAUUUAAUGCCGGAGUACCAGCUUUUGGUGGUGUCAAUUUUUUUAAUCCCACAAAGGAAUUUGCAUCGAUUUCCCAGAAUACUGAAAAUCAGAUUAGUUCAACACAAAAUAAUAAUUUAAACCAGAGAGACCAAACUAAUCCAUUUCCAUCUAAUAACAAUCCAAUUCCAUUCAAUAACAAUCCAAUUCCAUCUAAUAACAAUCAAAUUCCAUCUAAUAACAACAUGUUUGUAUCAAAUGAAGUGCGUGAAAACAUUGCCAGUAAUAACAUUAAUAAUAUAAACAAAGGUAAUUCUGAUACAGGAAAAACGUCUGAAAACAGAAUUGAAAAACCUUCAAAACCUAAUAAUAUAUUCAAUCCCCCUACUUUUACCUAAUCCUGACGCUGGUCAACCCGUACAAACAGCUAUGAAAAGUGCAGUUCGGUCAAGUGGUGUUGCCCCUCCCCCUCCUCCUCCCCCACAACUAGAUAAGUCUAUUACUAGGGAUGCUACGUUCGCUAAGUUCUUUGGCCAGCAAGAGGCAAGUGAACCGGCCAGAUCAAUUCUUGGAUCAACAAACUCGGUAGUUAAAAACAGCCAAUCGCCCAAUGUAAAUAAUGUUAAUACUAAGUCUGCCAAUUCCGGAAAUCAGCCAUUUGCAUGGCCUUAUCAGGUACCAGGUUCGUCAAAGACGUCGACACAGACUGGAUCUGCCCAGAGAGUGGUUAAUAGUGUGGUAAAUGAGGCGCCUGCAGUAUCAAGCUGGCUAGAUACAACACCAUUCAUGAGUGAUCCUGCUGGGGGCCGAAUCAUUGACACCUCUAUCAUGUCCUCCGUUUCAUCCAAUGCAUUAGACAAGCAACUCGGCCUGGCAGCAUCGCGAAUAGGAAUUCCUUUCGUUGGGUUGGGAGAUAUAACAGAAACUCUUAACACUAAAGAGUCGCCGACGAACAUAAGGACUAGUCCAUUUUCAUCAUCUGGAAGAAGUUCGGCUUCAACAAUUCAAAAAUCCGCUCCCGGUGUACCGAUGAACCCUGACAGUUUGUUUCAAACCCCUCCGAUGGAUGUCAAUACAAAUCCUUUUUCUGCAAGACGUCCAGGUGUUCCAGUCUGGGACAAGGCUGACCCAGCACUAAUAGAGUUUGGGGUUCCAAGCCGAUCUUCAACAUCCUCGAGAAAUCGGGAUAUGACUGACAUAUGGAGAAACGCGCGGCUACCAACUGCUGGCUCAACACUUUCCAAAAAAUCCGGAUCCGUAAGUCAACAAAACCAAAAAACACCAACUAGAGACCCUCCCUUUAUAUUUAAGCCAAAGCCAUCAUCAAACCUCGGCAGUAACAUUUUUAACAACCCAAGUCCACCACAACUUUCUUCGUCCAAUGUUGAGCAACCUCCUCCUCCCCCGUCGAAAGCAGGAGCAUCAUUGUUUCGGCCACAGUUUGAGCAACCACCUCCUCCGAAAAACCUUCCAUUUUCAGAUUUAAAUGCUGAAUCCUCCGGAGGGAUACCACCUCCUCCACCACCACCAGGAAGGAUAGGUUACGACGCCUCUGAAAUAUUUGCUAAAAUAACUGGGGCUUCAUUUGGGAGAUCAGGAACAGGUGAAAGUGUCAUCACCACCAAGCGGUCACCUAGAUUCGUCGAAGAUAAACUUUCUGCUAUGCAUGGUGAUCCUAGCUGGGAAAACAAAUUCUUCAAACCUUCCUUUGACAAGAAACCAUUUGACGGUUUCAAUUCGUUAAAAAUGCAAUCAAAUCAGAAGAGCUUUUUUCCUUCAAUAGAUAAUAAUAUAAAGUCAUCUAAAAACACAAAUAUUCCAUGGAGUCCCUCAGGAAAUGUACAAACUGGUUCGAUAUCAAAUCAGCCUUCUAUGCCUGUUGCACAAGCCGCACGAGAGGUGUUACCGAUAACAGAAAAUUCUGAAACUACAACGACAAGCACAUUGCCACCAAUUGUAGACAUUAAGUCAGAACAGGAAGCUGGUGGAAUAUCAACGAGCUCUCUUGGCGGGCUAAGCUCAACUGACUCAUUAAAUAUACUGACAGAGACAACUACAGCUGCUGCUAUAGAAACUGCAAGUGAAACUGUGUUUUAUACAUUGGGUAGUAGCACUCCGUCCUCAAAUCUAAACAUAGAGCUUGAAGGAACUGAGACAACUGCCACUAAUAUAUUAGAUACAUCUAGCGUAGAUACUGGCUCGGUUGUUUCGAAUCAAACACCUGAUAUACCUAAUCCAACACCUGUGGAAACAAACAUUAAACCUGUACUGACAAGUGAGACGUUCCCAGCAGCUAGUCAGGCCCAGCUUCGGGAGUUCACUAAUGCUGCAGAAAUCUGCCGAAACUGUAACUUCAUAAACGGCUAUUGUCGACUCGAGCUACCUGGCAACUGUAACCGGUUUAUAGAGUGCUCGAAACAUGACAAAGAGGUGCGAGCUUUUGAGAAAGAGUGUUCACAUGGUCUGUUUUGGCACCAAGGCAAUCUCACGUGCGAGCGACCACUCCGAGUAAAAUGUGCAUACGAUCCCUGUUUACAACGCGGCGUAUCAAAUCAUACAUACAUAGGAAACUGUCGGGCGUACUGGAGUUGUAAACGUAGUUACUCAAGUGCCCGAUGCUGCGCCAAGGGGUACGGGUACGGACCUCACCAGGACGGCCGGUUUGGCUGUAUACCAAUGCCGGACUGCAAGGAUGAUGGGCAGUGUAUGUCAAAGGAGGAGAGAGCUAACCUCACCCUGAUUAAUGCCAACAAACCAAAAGAGUGCAACUUGCUCGCCAAUCCAUCUGAUCUCUUCAGUUACAAAAGAGGGUCGCUCACCCUGCCCUGCGCUCCAGGAACACGUUUUGAUCAAGAACAAUGCACGUGCAUAACGAGUCAGGCAGCACCUAUUUCAAGAGUUUGUGAAAAAGAUAUGUACCUCGAUUUUGAAGCAGACAUGAUAGGUACCUUCAAGGACAAAUCAGGACAGGGAAAUACAGUAAAGGAGAAGGACGUUCGGUCAGACAAUCGGGGUAGAGCUAUAUUUAACAAGGACAGUGCAAUCACACUAUGGAAGUAUUCCAACCAGAACAUCGGAUCCUCAAUAGCAAUCACAUUCAGCUUCCUGUCAUAUCGCUACUCUUCCCGGAUGCAGACUUUACUGUCUAAUUGUGAUCAGAAAUCCGGAAUAGCCGCUAUAGAUAUAACGCUGGAUACAUGGAAAAGUGUGAUCGAUUUCAAAAUUGAAACUACUCAGAGCCCAGGCAAUAAAAUAAGUUUACCGUAUAAUGCUCUCCAGUGGAACAAUGUUACAAUGAUCUACGACGGGGGAAGUUUUGUGGCGGCUGUGGGUGAUGAAUACGAACUUAUGUUCAUUCAAGGUGAGAUCCCCAGCAAACAUCCACCUCUUCUGAUAGGAGGUUGCUCCGCGAAGGAAAAAGAAGGCCUGUUAGGGCUCGUCGAUGAUGUAUCGAUAUACAAUGGAUGUAUACCAGAAGAUCUUAAGAAUCUUUAUCUGUUCGCUAGGAAAUAAUGUUAGAAACAAAUAAUGUAAAGACGUUUGAAGCAAAGCUCAUAGUCGUUAUGUUAGAUGAAGACUCAGAAGAGGAAACUGGUGACACUGUGCAAAUGGCGAACGAGUUCAUACCCUGAUAAAAUUGACGCAUAGACGUGAUAUCAGUGAACGACUUCUCGUUGGUAGUGAAAUAAGUAAAAUAGAAAGGAUAUACUUGUGGAUAUAUGCAUUAACAAACGGAGAAGUUGGUAAAAAUGAAACUCAGGAAAUUCCGUUUCCAUGUAUACCUGGAGAUGAUCCACUAAGUCAUCACGUGUGAAAACAAUAUUAUUAUCAUACAUGUUGACAUUAGUAUAUCGAAGCAACUUGGGGCUUACGAGAAAAAAGUCGUGUGUGUGUUUACAAGAUUUCGAUACACGAUAUUAGGAUGACUUUUUAUUUUUAUAAAUACAAUAUUCUGUAAUAAAACUGAUGAUUACUGGAAUAAAGCAACGCAUCCAAAAGUAUAACUAACAAAUCACCCUACCUCGUAACCAUGGCAAUGACUUGAUGUAUACAUAUACACCAGUGCGACCACGGCAGGUGAGAACUCGAUAAUACAUGAGGAACGCAUUGCGUAUAAAAUAUUUAAGAUAAAAUUCUCAAAAUCAAGUUAAUAUGCUAGGCAUGGUAGUUAAAUUGAUUAACUGAUAAUGUUAACUAAAUGUUGUUUUUCUAAAUCAUUUCUUCCAUCCACAUCAUCAUCGUCAAUACCGGUGUAGAUAGUUAAUUUAAUCAACUUUGUAAUUUAUAUAACAAUAAAAACAAUUAUAUUUGUAUUUAUGUAUAUAUGUGGUUUUGUCCGCUAUGACUUUUGUUAUGUUUAUGUCAUUUAUAGAGCAAAUACUACAGCUUGUGUAUUAAAAAGACAUAUUCCGAAUUCGUAAAAAAAAUGAAGUAUAUCUAGAGUAAAGUCAUAUUACCCAUUGCACACUAUCAUUAAAUAUUAUGUUAUUCCACAAACAAUUUCAUCAUGGGGUCAAGUGGAUACUGACAUGUAUAUCUAUCAUGAUGUCACAUGACAUUUGACCAAUGAGACACUGACAUGUUUAAUAUCUCUUGCAUAUCGGAUAUUUGACAUAAGGGAAUUCAAAUAAAGCAAUUACAUGUUUAGACAAAAAUACUUAUCUCAGACAAAUCGUAAACUGCUAAAUCAUCGUUGGAUAUUUACCUUAAAAUUAAAUUAUGAUAUUUACAUUUCAUAUAUCAAGCAUAAUCGGUAUCAUAUACCUAACCUUAAAAUUCAGUCUCAAUGGUUAAGUGUUAUCUGAUUGUGUACUUAUUUACCAAAAGAAAAAUAGAUGCACUUAUUGCUAUAAAUGUAGUAUCACAUUGGUGAAAAGCCAGUCUUAAGAUAUAUCUCUGUGCAUGUUAGCACUAGUUCAAUGUAGAGACGAAGCACUGCACCUUUCAUCUAGCAUCACGUGAUAUACCUUUAAGUCAAUCAAAGUUUGUUAUCUGGACCUCUGAUAACUCGAAGAUUUUGCUUAACGAAAUAAAACUUCAGUUCCGCCAGUAAAAUUCUAGAUAAAAUAGAUUCGGUUGCUCGAGAUAUCUCGAAGUUUUGAUUGCCCCGCAGACUUCGAGAGAAAAGGUUCGAUGUAUAUAGAAGUAAAAUGUAAUUGAUAAUGCUUUGUUUUAUACAUUACUUAAACAUAUGUUCUAUUCAUCUCCAUUCAACAUCACACAGAGGUUAUUUAUUCACAUUGUUCACACUUUUGUCCAUUGUAUACUUUUAUCUAAUGUUAGUGUUGGAACGAAAUAAAAUAAUGAUGUAUAUGUGUA